CUUUUUCUUGUGGGUUUCCUCUCAACCAGAGCAGUUUUCUUUUGAGUCAUGAUGAGGAGGAAGCACAACAAGACAAACUCGGAUGGAAGCUAUGUGUUCAGCAGCCUGAGGGGGUGAGAGUGGUCAGAAAGGAUGAACCUGGCUCAAUAUCAGAGAUGUCUCAGUCAAACAACUCAAAGGAUAGCCAGGUCCUGCUGCAGUCCAUGCUGCAGAGGUUGAAGCUUCAGCCUGGGAGAGAGAGACUGGACACUGAUGUUCAGACCACUGCUGCACCCACAUCUGGGAAUGUUGAAAGAGUCUUGGAUAACCGAGAGGCACACAACAUUGUGACUAAUGGACUUGGAAGCCCGACAAAGACGUUGGGAUUCCCUACAUUUGGGCAAAGACCUUUUGAGCACAAGGGUGGGGAAAGUUGGCAACUGUACAGUGGAAAGGUUUCCUUCCCUUUUCAAGAAGACAAGAGUCCGUUUCAGAGGGGCGAGGACACACCGAUCGGACAUGUCACUCAACCUUUUCCGGAGAAAUCACAGGACAGUGCUGCAACUUCCAGCACGACCGCAGAUGAUGACAGGGAUUUUAAGAAUAGACUGAGGACUACUCAAGCAGCAGACCUGAAUCCACGUCAGGGUUUUAAACCCAGAGUGUAUGAAUGGUCAGUGAAGGCCUCAGAUCUCCACACGCAGAGCAAGGACACUCUAGGACAGAACGGAACAUAUCGAAGUCUUUCUGAGGCGGAAUACGCAAGUGCUGCUCUCACAAACCAAACAACAACCAACAAUUCCUUUAGACGAAAGCAGCGAUCAUCAGAGGUGAAACCCAGGAGGUGGACUCAGAAGAUCAAGGAGAGAUGGAGGGAGAGGCCUGGCAGUAUUAGCAAGAAAGAAAAAGAGGAUCAACAAGAACCGCUUGCAACAGGAAGUCCCGUCAGCGUCUCAGCUGUCAGCGGAGAAACAACCGCCCUUUCACAAGGCAGCUGUGAGAGCCCUCCCGAGAAGCCAGAGAAAGACAAUGGUGAUGAGCACACCAGGUUCAGCAGCGACUUUGACAUCGGUCUGGGCUCCUUCAGCCUGCUGGACGAGAUAAUCACAGGUCAAGAGUGGGCAAAAUUCCUCCAUCCUGCUGUGUCGGCAUCCGCCACAGCCCACCAGGAUCCACCCCAGGGGCUCGAAAUGAAACCUCAAACCUCUGGUGUUAUGAACCAGGGUGGGCCUGGAAACAGCACCUGGAGCUUUGAGAGCACAGAUUUGGCGCCGAAAAGGCCGGCAAUAUUAGCUGAUACAUUCCUCCCAGUCAGCAUGGACGUCUCAGAAGGAAGAACAGCACCUGCACAGAAAGAAUCAGAACCAAUGGAGCAGAGCCAGGUCCAUCAAAUAUACAAGACCCGAGUACGGCGACAACCAAGGGUUUUGUCAGAAGCGGAGCGAGCUGACUUUCUGGACAGCUCAUUAUUGAGGACUCGAUCAUAUCUAAACAGGAAGCGACAUCACCAGUCAGUGGAGGGGGCAAAUGAGGGGCUUCAAACCGGCACGAACAGCGUUGGGAGAGCAGCGGAACAAGUUUGGUCAUUUCCAGGAUCCAUAGUGUUAAAGCCAGCAAACCCCACAGCACAUCCUUCAUCCCCAACCUUCCCCCCUGUCCCGGCUUUCACUGGUCCUCCACCCCGGGGGGUCCUCAAACAUUCCAUUUCCCAUGAGUCAAACUCAUCCAUGGAGACGUUGACAAAACGGAGACGACUGGAGGACAAUCGUCGAGUCCAUUUCGCAGAAGAAGUGUUGGCCAUCAUGCCACCUGAGCCGUACCCGGACCUCACUGACUCGGAGGAGGACACUGUGUCUGAAGAGGACUCAGUCUUGGAGGAAGAUGAAGAGGAAACCAAACAGGACGAGAGGGAGAGCGCAAGGAUAGAUGAGGCAACGCCGCCACGCCGCGCCGCCCUUCCAUCCUGGAUUAAAGCUCUGAAGAGGAAGAAUACUGGGAGAAAGCUGCAAUGAAACCUAAUAUUCUGUCAGCUAUAAGAUAGUGACGUGAGAAAGUGGACUUCUUAAUGGACAAGAACACUCUGAUGAGACGGUAUCUGGGAGUGAAAAGAAUGAGUGUCACGUCGGCCCCCACACUGUGUUCACCAAGCUUCUCAAGUCACUUCCUGUUUUGAACAGUAGAGACACUGGAGCGGCGCUUCGAUGUUGAUUUGGUGUCAAUACACAGUUGGUGUUGUUUGUGUUAAAAAGACACCCCACACCCAAAUGAUACUAUUACAGCAUAAAGCCAAGAUGGUGUUACUUCCCUGGGUGAUAUUGCUGGAGGAAUAAAUGCUUAUUAAAAUUGUAGCACUUUGUUUUUCUUCCCACUCCUACAUGAGAAGUAUAUUCAAACCAAGUAGAGGGUAAAAUAUUUAUUUUACAUGCAUAAUAGUAUGCAAAACUGUUUUACUUCAGAAACUGUGUAAGAUCGAAACAGUGACCUUUUUUUUUUUUUUUAAAUGUUAUUUUCCCAACC